AUGUGGAGAACAGGUUCCACAUCCACCCUCCACAAGCAUCCUGGGCAGUACAAGCUUGGUGGCACUGAGGGAGCUUGUCAGCCCAUUCAGGGCAGGCUGGGUAGAAGCCUUACAAUUCCAGAGGAUGUUUAUUGCUUCAGAGACCCCAAGGAUGGUGCCCCCCUCGAGUUGGGUCUGACACAAGAAUCUUCCAUUGCAUCUUUUUAUGGUGAGAGCUACGUGGAGCUCCACAUCGUAGAAGUUUCCUCUGAGCUAUCUCUUCGAUUAAAGUUUCAAACCAGCCAGCCAUGGGGGUUACUUUUCCUUGCAGCUGGGAAAAAUGAUUAUUGCAUAAUAGAAGUUGUAUCAGGAACUGUACAGGUGAGAGUGAAUUGGGACACAGGUGAACAAGCACUCCUUUCUGAGCAAAGACUUCGUGUGGACAACUUGGCUUGGCAUUUGGUGGAAUUGUACUGUGUUCAGGAAAAUAUUUUCUUGGUUAUUGACAAAUAUUAUGAGACAACUGGCCAAAUAGUUGGUGGGAUACAUAAUUUCAACUUUCACCACGGAGUCUAUGUUGGAGGCCGCCAUGGGGGACUCCAUGUCCCUUACCUAGAUGGCAAGAUCCCCAACUUCCGUGGAUGUAUGCAGGAUGUGAUGUUGAACCAGAGGGAGAUUCUGAUGUCCCUUAGAUCAUACCCUGGAUUUAAGAAGAUCCACGAGGUUUCCCUGGGAUGCAGCGAUGAGUUUUUUGCUGGGGAGGAUGAGGCCAUCAAUUUCUUUAGCUCUAGAUCCUAUGUCGCCUUUCCAGAAUGGAAGGUACAUGGAGAAGGGCGAUUAGGAUUUGCUUUGCGAACUGGAAUUCAGCAAGCCUUACUUUUAUUUCAGUCAGGUAGAGAAGAAAGUUUCGUUGCCUUGGAAAUACAUGAAGGUCGGUUGAAAGCUCAUGUAGGAAGGAGUAAAAAUAAAUCUCAGCUUUCUUCUCAUAGCUUAGUUAGUGACAACAAGUGGCAUGUUAUUCACCUCAAAUUCACGGGGAGGUAUCUACACCUCAUGGUAGAUAAAGAAGGGGUGAGGCUGCUGCUGUCUUCACAAAGCGUACCAUUUGUAUCUGAUGGCCCUCUGUUUGUGGGAGGUCUCCAUGACCAAAUGUGGGAGCAGGUGAAGAGGUUAGAGCUGGCCUCUGUGAAAUCUGCUCGAAGAAUAAUCUCUUUGAAAGGGUGCUUACGAAGCCUGGAAGCCAAUUCAGAAAAGAGAGCAUUAAGGGAUGCUCUUGUUUCCAAAGACAUUUCUACUGGAUGCAAAGCGAAGGCUAUCACCGAUGCAAAUCUUUCUUGGACUGCAGCAACAAGCCAGCUUCCAUCAGAGCCAUCCCAUUCCACUUCAGUCCCCCGAGCCAUCAAGCCUUUACUUCCACGGAAAAGUAGCUACGUUUUGGUUUUAAAUAACUUGGAGGUCCAAGAAGGUGGACGAGCCUUACUAGAAGAAAAGCAUAUGAUGGUGAAUGUGAAACUUAACAAUUUGAGUAUCAAUUAUUCUCAAAUACUAUUUAAAAUAGAGGACAUGCCUACUCAUGGGUUGCUUCAAUUAGAUGUUUCACCUCAGCAAGAAAUGGAAAAAGUUUUCACUAUGUUAGAUUUGUGGCAAGGGAAAGUGUGGUACAUACAUGAUGGUUCAGAAGGUCUUACAGAUUAUUUCACAUUUUUUAUCUAUUCCAGCACCAAGCAGGAAAUACCAUUAUAUCAGCAGGACUGUGUUCCACACGUGUUUAACAUUACUGUCAUUCCAGUGAAUGACCCCCCGCAUCUUAAACUCCCAGAAGGUAACUUGUUUCUCCUGUUUGAGAACUCUAAAAAGCAACUGACAACAAAUAUAAUCCAGGUGUCAGACCCGGACACUGAUUCUUUGAGUCUUAGUUUCUCAGUUCUUGGCAACUUCAAUGCAGAGGCUGGGUAUUUAGAAAAUGCCAAUGAUCCUGGGGAAAUCAUUCAUGGAUUUACCUAUUUGGAUUUAAAAAACGGCCGUGUGUUCUAUGUGCACAGGGGUCAUCAAAACGCUCGGAUUGUUUUGAGAGCCAGUGAUGGUGAGCUAGUUAGCAAUAUCGGAGUAUUACGAGUUAUGGCUCUUCCAUGGGAUUUUGAAGUGGCCCACAGAACUGGUGUGGCUGUUCUACAGGGUGGCACUGUUCUGAUUACCCAGGGUAAUUUGUCUGUGGAGGUGAAUGGGGAGCAGCAUGAGAUGGAGACUCAUUAUAUUAUUACUCGCCCACCUCAAUUUGGCCAAAUUGAGUAUCAGGGGUCAAAUGGAGGAUGGAAACAAGUUAAUACCUUUUCUCAGCACUCCAUUGACCAGAGUCAGGUUAGGUAUCAUAGUACAUUCAAAGAUCUGCAGCAAGAAAACAUUACAGAUCACUUUAAGUUUAAAGUUCAUGUAGAAGGAAAAAUGAGCAAAGAGCUCAUGUUUCCUGUGACUAUACAAUGGUUGAAGUUCACACUUCUGAAGAAUGUGCCUCUAGAGAUCAGGAAUACACACAAACAAGUAUUAAAUGCUGAUCAUUUGCAGGCUGCAACAGAAGGUGUGGAAGUAGCCGAGAGGGAAUUACAUUUUAAGUUGCUGACCCCACCUAAGAAAGGAAAAUUGCUACUCGGCAGGGAAGUUCUUAAAAGAAACUCAAUCUUCAGCCAGAAAAAUAUUACAGACUCUAAGAUCAGUUAUGAACCUCAGGAGAGGCCGAGAGAAGACUCACAGGACAGUUUCAAGUUUUUGAUUCUUGCCGAACACAUAGAAUCAAAAGAGUAUACUUUUGGGAUAAAUUUCAAGGCAAAUAAGUCACACAUUACUUUAACAAACAAAAAACUAUUUGUAAAAGAGGGAGAAAGGAAACUGAUUACAAAAUCAGAAUUGUUUGCUCAAACCUGGGACAAUCAGAGUUUCCAAUAUCAAGUCACCCAGAAUCCUCAACAUGGAAGGCUGACAUUGAUGAACUUUCUUGAGUCUCUGGAAAGUCUGGACAAUAUUACUACAUUCACUGAUCAAGACAUCUUGGGCGGACGACUCAUGUAUAUUCAUGAUGACUCUGAGACGCGGUGUGAUGAAUUCUUCCUGGUGGCCUCUACCGAACGUCCAGACCAAGAGGGCAUGGCUGGGGAUCUUGACCCAGAGCCCUUGUCUACAGAAAUCAAAGUCAGAAUUUCUGUGGAGUUGAAGAAUGAUGAGAGGCCAGUGCGUGUAGUGGAUAAAGUAUUUCAUGUUGUGCGGGGCAGCCAGCGCCUACUGACCCUGGGCGAUCUCUGUUACCAUGACCCUGACGUAGAUUUCGAUGAUGGACAGCUGCUGUACAUUCGACGAGGCAUCCCCAAUGGGGACUUGGUCCGAGCCAGCCACCCCAUGCAAAAGCUCCACCAGUUCCGGCAGGAGGACCUGCAGGAAGGGCGAGUGCUCUUCAAGCACCAAGGGGCUGACUCUGCCCGCUUUGUGCUGUUUGUGACAGAUGGUGUCCAUUACACACCAUCCCUUCUUGAGGUCAGUGUGUCAGAGCCCUAUGUCCACAUAGUCAGCAACACAGGGCUGCUGGUACAGAGGGGAAAAGGCAGUUAUCUCACCACAGCAAACCUGAGUGUCACCACAAAUCAAGAUGUGCGAACAGAUCUGGAGGUAGAGUUUCAUCUCGUGGGGCCUCCAAAGCAUGGCAGAGUCCUGGUCAACAAUUCUGUAUCCUACUUGUUUUCCCAACAUGACCUGAAGCAGAGAUGUGUGAUGUAUAAGCAUGAUGGUGGUGGCAACUUUGACAUAUUCAACCUGUCAGUGAGAGUUAAAGAUAUAGACUUGGUAGUGGGGGUCCACGUGUCUUUAGAAGAUCAUCAUCAGCUAGCUCAGAUUCUGCACAGCAAGACAUUUGUAGUUGAAGAAGGAAAACCUAUCAAAUUGAGCUUUCAGGCUGGGAACAAAGACAAUCUUCCUUCAGAACUAGUGUUCAUAGUCCGAACUCCACCUAUGUAUGGAUAUCUCCAGAAAUCUACACAAGAAGGCAACGAUAUGGGUACAGAUGCAAAGUUCCUUUUGAGUUUUACCCAACAGGACAUGGAUGAUGGCAUUAUCCUUUAUGUACAGACAGAUCCUGGCCAACAACAGGAUCACAUUUUUCUGGAUGUGACUGCUGGUCCCCAUGUGUUAAGUGAAGUAGAAAUCCUGUUGGACAUCAUCCCUAAGUGGAUUCCCCUGGAGGUACAGAACUUUACAGUUCUAGAAGGUGGAUCCAGGGCACUUCUGAAAGACUACCUCAAAAUUCCUGGCAAAUACUUUGAGACAGUUGACUGUGAAUUUGUUCUACUUGAACCACCAAGACAUGGAAAUGUCGAAAGUUCUAAUUUUCCAAGAGAGAAGUUAAUGAAAUUUACCAGGAAACAGGUGGAAAAAGAAUUGAUUUAUUAUGUUCAUGAUGAUAGUGAGGAGCUUCUGGACAAUUUCACCAUCUUUGCAAAUAGCUCAGCACUUAGGAAACAGAGUAUACCUCAAACUAUCUUUGUGACUGUUGAAUCUGUAAAUGAUGAAGCUCCAGUAAUAACAGCCAAUAAAGUCCUCCAGGUGUGGGUGAAUUCAGUCACAGAGAUGACCAGAGGUGACCUGUGUGCAGAAGAUGAGGACUCCUCCCCGCAGGACCUGGUCUACUGGGUUACUCCACCCAGUAAUGGGCAUCUGGCUUUCAAGUUCCUUCCCAGUCAAAGCAUCCAGAACUUCACCCAGGCUCAAAUCAAUGAGGGCCAACUAGUGUUUGUACAUGCCGGAUCUACAAAGCCUCUUUCAUCUCGUGACCUGAAAGCUGUGACCAAUGAUGAAAGUGCAGGAAACAGAACUGUAACUUUCACAGUCGUAAGGUCCCCUAGUCUUGGGAGGUUGCUGAGAAUGAACGCUGACAAUAGCACUGAAGAUGUUUCCAUUUUUACCCAAUAUCUGGUCAACGAAGGGCUAAUAUUAUAUCAGCACAUGGCUCGUGAGAACACAGGUUGGACUGUGGAAGAUUCUUUCACAUUCACAAUGUCCUUCCCACCAGCAGUUCUGGGUCCUGAAGAGUUCCAUAUUACCAUUUCAUAUGAAAUUAAUGAGCCUGGUUGGCAGAGCCAUCUGUUUGCAAAUACAGGAGCAACUGUCAAGGAGGGAGACAAAGUUCUCAUUGACCAGUCUAAGUUAGAUGCUUCCAACCUCUUACUCCAAUUACCUGAACUUCAGCGCUCUUCCUAUGAAAUAUGGUACCAAGUUACAUCCCUUCCUUACCAUGGGACCAUUAUGGUUGGAGAAAGAAACAUCACCAAAGGAAAACCCAAUUUCUCCCAGUAUAUAAUUAAUAAAUUUGGGAUCCUAUACCUUCAUGAUGACUCUGAAUCACUGACUGAUAACUUUACCUUUGCCGUUUGGCCAAACCAAAAAAGCAAGUCCAUCACCAAGCCAGAGGGUGACUGUCUUGAAGAGAUGUUUAAGAUCACCAUUUUUCCUGUCAAUGACCAGGCACCAGAAUUAAAGACAAAAGGGCUUCGGUUGGAAGUUCUGCAGGGCAGUAGGUUGGUUGUGGGACCUGAAAUCCUGAAAGUGGAAGAUCUAGACAGUCCUUCAAAUGAAAUCAGGUAUAUGAUCAUCCGUAAUCCCAACAAUGGCUUUUUGGCGAUGGCUGACCAUCUAGAUGUGCCUGUUCACCAUUUUACACAAGCUGAUAUUGAUAACUCUCAGGUGUGGUUCAUACAAGAUGGAAGACCGUGUUCUGGAGUGUUCUACUUUAGUGUGACUGAUGGAAAACACUGCCCUCUCUACAAGCUGUUCCACCUGGAUGUCAUUCCCGUCUCCAUCACCCUCGUGAACCUCACAGAUCUACUUCUCCCACAAGGUCAGACAACGGUUCCCAUCACCAAUGCUCACAUAUCGGCAGUGAGCAAUGGGAACAGCUCUCAUAUAAUCUACAGAAUGACAUGGCCACUCCAACAUGGGCAACUGCUGAUUGAAAACCAGGUGGUCACUAAUUUUGGACAGGAGGAUUUAGAUUUGGGAAGACUCUUUUACCAUAUGACAAAUCUCACAGCUUCAGAGGACCAGCUACACUUCUCAUUGUUUACAUCAGAAAGCAACCUGACAGGACAAACACUGGGCAUUAGAGUGCAGCCUCUUCUGUGGGUUACAUCAAACCUGAAAAUUGUCAACAGAAUAGCCCAUCAGCUGAGGAGACAAGACCUCAGUGCAACUGAGCUUGCUAAUCUGACUAACAGUGAUCCUACAUUUGAAGUGACAGAACCCCCUGUGCAUGGAAGACUUAUGCGAAGAGUAGUUCACAGCAAUAUGGCAGAAGAUGCCACUCUGUUCACUCAGAAAGACAUUGACCAGGGGCUGUUGGUGCUAGAAUCAUGUGCUAAUCUAACAGGCACCGAUAUGCUAAAUGACUCUUUUAUUUUCUUGCUCAGGGCCGACUCUGUACAACCAGCAAUAGGUUAUCUCCCCUUCACCAUUGUGCCACCUGAUCCCUCACUUUUGCAAAGCAUGACGACAGAUGUUCCUUUAUUGCUCACUGGAGAUAACCUUGUAACCUCAGUUUUCUCUGAGAAACAGCCUGUGGUUUCUUCAGAAGCCAUGACACAGAUAGAACCUCUAGGGAAUCUGACCCAGACCAGAUGGCAGGGAGCAGAACCCUGGGGGCAGCACAAUGGCAAAGAGCCAAGUGUGAAUGACAAGGUCUCUCCCACCAGGAUCAUUUGGUUACCAGCUGCCACCAAAAUCAACCCUGGGGCAUCCACUCAGCCCAGGGAGAGCAGUUACCCCCCAAUGGCCGUCAUACCCCUGACUGCUGCGUUCCUCCUGCUAAUAGUGACUGUAGUGGCCUUGUGUGUCUGGUUGCUGGGCCGGAAGGAAGAGACGGCAAAACCCCUACUUGAACCCCAGCUCAACCUAGAGCCCACAACCCCUAGCUGCAGACCAGAAAGGAGUGUAAGCAUUCCCACUGUCAUAGUGACACCCCUUCUAAGAAGUCCCAGCAGUCCCCCAGCCAGUCUGUUCAGUGUCCCACAAUGUGAGCGAAUGGCUUACCCAGCAGCUGAGCCAAUGGAAAAAUGUGCUACUUGGGAGUCAUGGGUGAACCUGGAUCCCGAUAUGGCCAAACUCUGCCGACAAACCAACCCGACACUGAAACACAACCAGUAUUGGGUGUAG